CAAGGAUUGCUGGGAAUAAAAACCAGGGAUUGCUGGGAUAAAACCCAAGGAUUGCUGGGAAUAAAACCCAAGGAUUGCUGGGAAUAACAACCAAGGAUUGCUGGGAAUAAAAACAGGGAUUGCUGGGAAUAACCAAGGAUUUUUGGGAAUAACAGCCAAGGAUUGAUGGGAAUAAAAACCAGGGAUUGCUGGGAGUAAUCAAGGAUUGCUGGGAAUAACAGCCAAGGAUUGCUGGGAGUAAACCAAGGAUUUUUGGGACUAACACACCGUGGGAAAGAACAAGAUGUGGCUGGAGGGAGGGCAGCACUUUUCCAGGAUGAACAUCCUGGUUGCAGCUCCUGCAGAUAAGAACAGCACAGUCCAGUGCAGGAAUGAGGCUGAGAAGGGGGCACGGAAUACAGGAGGGGGUCAGGACAACCCAAAACUCCCAAAGCUUCCAGAAAGGGACCAGGUCCUGCGUGUCACUGCCAGCAACGAGGAGCACAUGGCCCUGCUCGGAGUGCUGGGCGAGCAGGAGGAGCUGCAGGUGGAUUUUUGGCGUCACCCCAACAGCCUUGGCCACCCCGUGGACCUGCGGGUGCCCUUCCCCAGCCUCCAAGGAGUCAAAAAUUUCCUGGAUUCCCAUAAUUUUUCCUACAGCAUCAUGAUCGAGGACGUGCAGGAAUUAUUGGAUGAAGAAAAGGAAAGCAUGAGGAGGUCUAGGAGGGUAAAGAGAAGCUCCAGGAUGUUGGAUUUCGCCUCCUACCACACGAUAGAUGAGAUCUAUGGGUGGAUGGAUGUCCUGGUGGAGGAUCAUCCCAGCCUUGUCAGCAAGAUCCAGAUCGGGCAGAGCUACGAGCACCGGCCCCUCUACGUGCUCAAGUUCAGCACCGGGGGGUCGAAGCGCGCGGCCAUCUGGCUGGACACCGGCAUCCACGCGCGGGAAUGGAUCACCCAAGCCACCGGGCUCUGGAUGGCCAACAAGAUUGCCAAGGAAUACGGGCAGGACCCGUCUGUCACGGCCAUCCUGGACAGCAUGGACAUCUUCCUGGAGAUUGUCACCAACCCCGACGGCUUUGCCUUCACCCACAGCUCUAACCGCCUGUGGCGCAAGACCAGGUCCAUCAACGCCGGGUCCCGCUGCGUCGGAGUGGAUCCCAACCGAAACUGGGAUGCUGGGUUUGGAGGUGCUGGCUCCAGCAGCAACCCCUGCUCCGAGACCUAUCACGGCCCUCACGCCCACUCUGAGAAGGAAGUGAGAGCCAUCGUGGAUUUCAUCCGCGCCCACGGGAACGUCAAAUCCGUCAUCUCCAUCCACAGCUACUCCCAGAUGCUGCUCUUCCCCUACGGAUACAGGAGGGCGCCCACGCCCGACCACCAGGAAAUGAAUGAACUGGCCAAGAAGGCCGUGAGCGACUUGGCCGCCGUGUUCGGGACGAAAUACACCUACGGCAGCAUUGCCAACACCAUCUACAUGGCAGGAGGCACCACCAUCGACUGGGCCUACGACAACGGGGUGAAAUAUUCCUUCACCUUGGAGCUGAGGGACUCGGGGCGCUACGGAUUCCUGCUGCCCAGCUCCCAGAUCGUCCCCACCGCCACCGAGACGUGGCCGGCGCUCCUGGACAUCAUGGUGCACGUCCUGGAGCAUCCCUACUGA